UUUACGUAGUAAUCAACAUGGCUGAGCUCUUACUUGACUCGAAUAUUCGCGGUUGGGUAUUUUUACCCAUCGUAGUGAUAACGUUUUUAGUGGGAAUAGUUCGUCACUAUGUCUCAAUGCUCCUCGCGUCCCAGAAGAAGGUCGAAGUUCAUCAGGUUCAAGACAGCCAAGUGAUGAUCCGCUCCAGGAUGUUGCGAGAGAAUGGGCAGUACAUACCCAAGUCGGCGUUCAUAAUGCGUCGGCAUUUUUUCAACAACGAAGAAACUGGUUACUUCAAGACCCAAAAACGAGCGCCGGUAUCGCAGAAUCCAAUGACCGAUCCCAGUAUGAUGACCGACAUGCUGAAGGGAAACGUGACCAACGUUCUUCCCAUGGUGUUGAUCGGAGGCUGGAUUAACUGGAUGUUUUCAGGCUUCGUUACAACAAAAGUACCAUUCCCACUGACUUUGCGAUUCAAACCGAUGCUGCAGCGUGGUAUUGAACUUGUGACACUGGAUGCAGCUUGGGUUUCUUCGGCCUCUUGGUAUUUCCUGAAUGUGUUUGGUCUCAGGUCCAUUUACACGUUGGUACUAGGUGAAAACAACGCUGCCGACACAUCCAGACUUUUACAAGACCAAGUUUCUGGAGCGGCAAUGUCUAUGCCACCAGAUCCAAAGGCUGCCUUUAAAGCGGAAUGGGAAGCCUUGGAAAUAUGCGAGCAUAACUGGGCUCUGAACGGAGCUGAUGCUGACCUAUUGGGCCCGCAGAAUACCCCAGAAUCUGCGGAAAGCAUUUAUCACCAAAGCAAAACCAAUUAAGCACUUAGGUAAAUUCAUUAGAUGAAUUCUCUUAUAUAUCGUUUUAGGUAAUCAUGUACAGUAUGGGAAGAAUGAUGUGUACAAAGCGUGAAAUGAAGUCGAUUUCUUGAUAAUUUUUUUUUUUUCCAAUUCUUUUAUUUAUUUCAUUUUAAAUCACUCUUCGUCCAAAAAUGAAACACGACAUGCAUUUUUUGCCCUCACAGAGGCUAGGCACUCUAUUGCAAAAUCUACAACGGAAUGUAUUUGAACGCCAAUAAAUCGAAUUCGGUAAUCAAUUUCAA